GAUAUGUUAUCGCCAGUACCAGUCCAGCCGCCGUCACGGUUGGACGUAUGUCUAAAUGGGCGAACUGCAAUACCCAGGGGCUCCAAGCGUUGCUGAUGACGAGAGACAGUACAGAGCGCCUUUCCGUAGGGCGCCUCAGUACAGGUGGCCCGCGCCACAGGCACCUCAGCCCUCGGCCUUUGCCCCGUGGAGACGGGCACCGGCACCGCCACGGCCUCCGGACUACCGUAGAAGUGCAUCUUACCCUGGAAAACCUGAUGAGACGUACCAAGAAAGAAGCGGUUUAGACAAUAUGCGGUCGUUAGAACAUUACUUAACGGAUAUAAUGAGAGCCGACACUUCAGAACACAUGAAAGGCAAGUCGCCGUUCUUCCCCGGCGUGGAGGAGGCGGCAGUUGCGGGGGGCGCGGCCGGCGCGGGCUCGCCCUCCGUGCCCGACCAGGCACAGGAUGUGGUCUCUAGGCUCUCGGCUGCCGGUCUGUCAAUGUGCGUGAGCGCGCUCGGCUCUCCGGCCCGGUCGUCGCCCGUGUCGGCCGGCUCCGAGCACGGAGAGCGAUUCAGCCGAAAGGUGUUCGUCGGCGGAUUGCCACCAGACAUCGAUGAGGAUGAGAUUACGUCAUCAUUCCGUCGCUUCGGGCCGCUCGUCGUGGACUGGCCCCACAAAGCGGAGAGCAAGAGUUAUUUCCCGCCCAAGGGUUACGCGUUUCUACUGUUUCAGGACGAGAGCUCGGUAGCGGCUCUAAUGGAGGCCUGUAUAACGGACGACGACAAGUUGUACUUGUGCGUGUCGUCGCCCACGAUCCGCGACAAGCCCGUGCAGAUCCGGCCGUGGAGGCUCGCGGACGCGGACUUUGUGCUGGACGCCAGCAUGCCGCUCGACCCUCGGAAGACCGUGUUUGUGGGGGGAGUGCCGCGCCCGCUGAAGGCUGUGGAGCUGGCGAUGAUAAUGGACCGGUUCUACGGUGGCGUCUGCUACGCCGGCAUCGACACUGACCCCGAGCUCAAGUACCCUAAGGGCGCGGGUCGCGUGGCGUUCUCCAACCAGCAGUCGUACAUCGCGGCCAUCUCCGCGCGCUUCGUGCAGCUGCAACACGGGGACAUUGACAAGCGGGUCGAGGUGAAGCCGUACGUGUUGGACGACCAGAUGUGUGACGAGUGCGCCGGCGCACGCUGCGGAUCCAAGUUCGCGCCGUUCUUCUGCGCCAACGUCACCUGUCUGCAGUACUACUGCGAGCACUGCUGGGCCACGAUCCACUCCCGUCCCGGGCGCGAGUUCCACAAGCCGCUCGUGAAGGAAGGAGCCGACCGACCGCGCGCCGUGCCCUUCCGAUGGUAUAACGCACUAGGCAGCAGCAAGCAGCAAGCCGCCCACCCAUCUUUAUCCAAACCGGAGGCGGCAGCCAGGCUGUUUUAGCCUCACCUUGUCUACGACGUACCAGAAUGACUGCUGGCUUCUACAGACUGCUGUCUAGUGCGGUAUCUAAGUAAUUACACCGAGUACUCCUGCCCACAUUUUACCGUUAAGGUAAAAAAUACUAGCAUUAACUAAUACUAGACUAGUUUUUGAACAUGCACCAACUGGCUAAGAUUUUUAACGAUGGCAACCAUUCACAUUUUAUAUCCAUAUGUGAAAAGUAUUAUCCUCAGCUAGAAACGGACAUUAAACGCGUUUGUUAUCUAUGAACAUCGAUUAGUGGGCAAUCGAUUUGUAAAUCGAUUGUUAAUCGAAUACGUUGCAGCUGAUUUUAAUCAUAAGUGCUAUAAAAUAGAAGCAAUCUAGUAGGUAACUAAUUUUUUGAUUAUUAUAUUAGUGUGAAUUAUCGAUUCAAUACUGUCCUUGUGUCAGACUGCAAUGUAUACGAUUAUCGAUUACGUCCGAGACCUUUAGUAUCGAUUUAUUUAACAAUCGAUGUUCAUUGAUUACUUUUCUGACGAUUAACGGCGCUUUGGCGUCUAUUAAAUUUAAAUAAAUUGCAACAUUAUCCAAUGUUUAAUGUUAAGCAAAAUAUUUUAGAUUGGAAGUACAAUGCGUAUAAUGUGGGGCUUGCCUUUGCAAGAACUACCAGUUUGAAGUAUUUGUAACUGUUUCGAGACGAUAAACUUUGGUUUAAAGCGCUUUCGAAUUACUUUAGGAAAUAGGUAGAUAAUUAACACUCUCAGAAUGCAGCGAACGUCUCGUGUUUGGCAAAAGUUUGACAGUUAAAUACGUUACAAAUAUUCCAAAAUUGUUGCCAAUUCAAAAAACGUGGUACGAUUGGUAGUUUUCGCAAAGGCGAGCGGUUUUUGACAGAAAUAGAUUCGAUUUAAGCAAAAUAUGUAUUCCAAAGUUAGCUAGAUGUCCGUUGUCGUUUGUGGAUAGUUAAGGUCUAUCUGUCACGAGGUGACGCAUUCGCGACUUGUCGCACGACAAUCGCAUUUGUGUACGCUCACUUAUCGUAAGAUACUAAGCGUAAGACAUAAGUGGAAUGUCUAAUUUUUUGAAAAUAACUGUACCUGUGUAGCUAGUGACAAUUUCCUCAUGUUUUUUCCUUUAUUUUACAUUUGAUUAUAAUUCUGACUUGGAUAUUGUUGCGGUUGUGUUGUCCCGUUCACGGUUGCGACUGGCGACUAACAGAUGUCGUUUUCUACGGUUCUUUUAGAACUACUUUUGUCUGAACUUCAACAAAGAGCGGGUUCGGUUGUCUGACGUUGCACACGACCUUUCUUCAAUCAUUCCCUUUUAUUCCUACGAUACUUGGCAUGCAACGUAAUGUCAUGGAGGAGACUUGUCCAGUUUCUAUCUCCUUGAUACUUCGCCCGCUCUAGAACGUGGACAGCUAUAUAAAAGGCUAAAGGCUCGUUUGAUUUCGACAAUGGGAGGCGGUAGGGACACGUUUUUAGUACAAAACUUAACGAAACGGUUACCAAUUUGGCUGUAGUGUUUCUUGCAAGUCGUGGGGAGAGAGCCGAGCGGCGUCGCGACGCGAGCGGUGUUCAUGAGAUAGUAGUCACAGAAUAGUAGACAUUUUCAAAACUAGCUUCGACUUUACCCAUCUUACAUGAACGUUCGCGCUCUCCAACAUCCCCACACGUUAUUAUUUUUAGCGUUAAAAAGUAAUAUAUUAAAAAAAAAACUAUUUUUUUGAAUUCGCCGGGGUAGUGCAAUAGAAGGUAGCAUAGUAUCUAAUUAUGAACUUCGCUAGCGACCUCUCGAGGUACGGUAGUGAGUCUCUAAAGUAUUUAAGAUUAUAUUAACCUUUAUAAACCUAGUGUAUAUAGGAAGGUUUCAGUUUUUGCCUUCGCGCUCGUUCACUUGGGAUUGAGAUGGACUAAAUUUUAAGCAAUGACUGCGUUUACUGCUCCCAAGUAAUUAUACUUUGACUCGUGGCUCUUAAACACUAAUCACUGUUUGUGAUAGUUAUUUUACAUCUGUUUUUCAUGGCUCUGUUCUCUAUUUCGCCAUUUUAUAAACAGUGAUACGUUUCCACCUCAAAAUAUUUGCUUGAAAGUAGUAAACGCUAUCGAUCUUAGCACCGAUGUUUAAUUUGUGUCGUGUAUGUCCGCGGAUGGACCGAUGAUAUAAUUAUUCAUUACUAUUGAAACUUGAAACGUUUUGGAAUUGUUUGCGUUGAAUAACAUCUUUAAUCUUAGAAGGAAAUGUUUACCGGUGGGUUGGACCGAGCAUUGUGCCUUGUGGAACACCAUGACUAAAUUGGAAGGUUUAAGUAUAGCUUUGAAGGGAAAGUUGGCUGGUUAAGAUCAGAAUAGUGCUUACAGAUACAACGCUCGAUUUCAAAACGUUUUCAUAAGUCGGAAGUCUGUUUAUACUUGGUUUUGGCUGCAUUAUUCGGUCAAACGCUAGAGACAGUGUUAUAUAUACAGUCUUAUUAUUUCAGCGCUACAGCUUUCCAAUGUUACUUUUGACCAAAAACAAUGUACAAACCUAAGUAUAACGGAGUCAAGUCAAAAUUUUUCGAAUGUUUUUUCAGAGUAACGUGUACUUAAAUCUUAAAGUAUAAAACAACGGAUACACACUGUAUGGAGAUAGAUAACGUAUCCCGAAAGACCACGGAAAUAAAAUAGACUGUAGUAAAAAGACUUGCGCGGAUUUUUUGAUAAUUUUUUUCAUUAUUUCGAUGAGGUUUUUUCGUGUUGUGUGGUACCUUUUUUCGAAAAUUAUCAUGAGGCUUGAUAGUGCCUUGUUGUGGCGUAUGAGUUUGGUGUACCCCUCCCGAUGUAGCUCGAAUACCAGAGGUCUCGUUGCUGACCUCCGAUUGGGUCGUUCCACUGUUCCUUGUGACGAGUCAAAAUUAUUAUCGUCGUUUUUCCCCCCUCUGGCUCGUAUUUCCAUCGAGAUAUGUGCCAGGUUUACUCCUAAAUUCCCCUAUUUUUAUUGUUCAUGAUGCGGCCGGGGAAGGCUGGCCCGCACCUAAACGUUAAGUAGGUACAAUUUGUAUUAAUAGUAGAAGCGUUUUAGUAAAAAUUUGCCAUAUAGACGCGUUGCGACACUUUUUAUGUCGAUGGAAAAUGUUCAAGUAUUAAUCAAUUAAUGUAGACAAAAUAUUUGAAAGGGAAAUAAUAGUAAUAUUAUAUUUUUCUUAGAAUUUAGAUAUCUAUGUAUAGUAUUUCGAUAUAAAAAGUCUCAUGACGCGGACAGAAUUUAUAAGUCAUACGCGACCGUGUGCAAAUCUCUUAUUACGUUCGAGUCCGGCCUAGAAGUGGGGAGGCACCAGUUUGUUAAUACUAUUGUUAUAUCGCUCUGUGAUCUUACUUGCAAAUAUUUAAAUCAUUUUAGAUUAACUGGCCUCUCGAUCCAUUUCUAGACAAGCCUCGGACCUAUUAGUAAAUUGAUAGUUUCAGUAUAAUAAAUAGCAAAUGCGAAUACAAUUUCUCUAAAUAAAAAUAGAAGUUUCCUAGAAAAAUAUUUAAAGACACGCCUUGAUCGCCCCGAACACCUUAUAUAGGAACCAUUUUCACUCGCGCACUUUGUAUCAUUCAUUCAUUUUUAUCGACUGAUUUUCGUUUUGUACUGCAUUUUCAAAUUUGGUAGUUUUUCAACGAUUUUGUGGCAACACUUUAGAAAAAGAAAUUUUUGUUUGUAUCGUUUUGAUUCUGCGUCGGUGCGUUGAGUUUAGACUUUACGAAAAAUUUUAUUUUUAUCUUUUUCUUUGUGAUUUUCGUACACUCGUUCGAUGUUUUUGGUGGUUCUUUUUCAUGAAAUUGCUCAAUGGUUUUUUUGUAAAAUUGUUUAGUACUCCCUACCCCCCUAGUUGAAGUUAGUAUGGCGGGCGAUGGUUGAAUGUAUGGUCGCACUGUCCCAUUUUGUAUUUUUGUAUUUUUAUAAUAAAAAAAACGUAAAUAAUGUGAAUUCGGAUGUGAUUUUUUUACUUUACGCGCAACGUUGUAGUGAAAAACGCUUGGGUUAAGGAAAUUUUAUUAAUUAAAUUAAAACAGAUCUUCAAGCGGACUUGUCGAGGAUCCCUUUGAACGCUGGAAUAAAAUCUAUGAAAAGAAAAUUAAACAGCACGUUUUAUAUUAAACUGUGUUGAAAUAAAAUCAUUUGACGAGAAACAAAUUGAAGCGACUGUAAUCGAUUGAAUUGCUUUUAUAACAAGUUUGUAUUGGAAAAGUUAAUCAUUUACGAUGAGUCUAUAUUUUGUAUGAAGUGCGUUCAGUAUACCUUGAAGAUCUGUUGGACCCAGCGGUAAAACUUAAUAAUUGGUGUUAGAAUAAACCGAGGUGUGUUUGGGAUAUGUGGUCUGCCUGCGAGCGGUGGGCUAGAUUUGCACUAUGCCUAGGGCUUUGUGACGAUUGUACCGUCAUGUGUCGCUGGUCGCCGGCUGCAUUGUAAACUAGGCGCCUCUGCUCCUCUGUGUCCCUCCAUCCUCUUGCCACUUGGUACUCGCAAACACAAGGACCUCUCUCCAUUCUCUCCCCAAGACAGAGACGUAGUUUACAAUAUCCGACUGUGUGUGACCAGCCGAACGCUUUUCUGCCAAUCGGUAGGAUGCGAUGAUUUUUAGUAUCUAAUUUUGCUAUUUGGUUGAAUGAAUAUAUCGCGCGGGGGAAAGUUUCAAUUCGUCCUCGUACUUUAUUAUUAUUAUUGUUUUCUCUUGAGGUUUUUAUAACCUAUUUUCGCUUGUCUGUUGUAGUUGUUGAUGUCGCCUCGCAUUAUUUUAGUUUUGACUGUCGUUUAGUUUGUUACUCUGUGGCCACUCUGCCCCAAUGACGCGGCAGUCGUAUGCAGGCUAGUUUGGCGAGUUAGUUGGCACUAGAGGUAAUGUUAGUUAAUGUAUGGUUCGUAGAGUGUUUAGGCCGCGUCACUGCGGCAGUCCGCCACGGCAAUCGUCUACUUUUGAUGGCAUGUAGCGUUUGAAAAUGAAAAUAUUUUUUAGUUGAUUUGGAGUGUGGUUUAGUUUGUUGAGGCGGGGCGGCCGUGUUCUCGCACGUACCUUUAGUCGCUAGUUUGUAGUGUUGUUUUGUCGGCGCCGCGGCCGUCGCUGAGCGGCCCUCGUUCACGUUUGUACGUUGUCUGUUUUUUCUAUGGACGGGUGUGCUGUUCUCAUUAAUUUUAGAUCGUAAUUUUGUCGUUUGCAUAUCACUGCGUGCGGUCACAGCAGGGGGGCGUCGCGGUGUCAUUCUUAUACAUUUUUUGACGUGAAAUUUGUAUCUUUAUAAAUGAAUUGUUGUUGUUGAUCGAUGUAUCGUCCCCCACGUUACUCCGAGUGAGUUUCGCACUUCACAUGCAUGUACAUAGGAGUUAGGUGAAACAAGUUUUUUAAAAAAUCCGCAAUGAGAAUGUUUUUUACGAUUAUGUCGGUGGCGGAACAGAGUUAGUAAAAAUUUUUUCGUCUUAGCGCCGCCCGCAUCGGCCGGGCGGGUUUUGUAAAUUCUUGUGCUAGAAUUUUUAGUGAAAUUAAAGAAUAGCAAAGAGUAGCGCAAUUUAAACUAACCUAGUUGAGUCUAAUAAUGUACCUAAUAUCUUGUACCAUUGCUAGGACAAUAUUAUUGUGUUUUUUAAAUUAUAAAAAAUGAUUGCACCGUUUUAUCUUCUGGUGUUUUUUCACUGUUUGUAUAAUUUAAACUAUAUCGAAAGUUGCGGUGGAUCUAAAUUUAUUUUUUUAAAUAGUAUUUUCAAAGUUCAGUGGACUCUUGUUCAGAUAAUUCGAGUGCGAGGACACUGGGGGCUUCGCAAACAAUUAGAAACUUUACCAUUAUUAUAAUACGGGACUUCAUUCUAGACAAAUGUAGCUAUAAGGUUGAGUAAAAUGUGAAGUCUCUUAGCAGUUAUUUAUACCUUUUAAUACUUGUUUGCAUUUCCCCAGUGUCCGCGCAUUACUUCGUGUCUGUGCCUCAAAAAACAAAAAAAAAACUACCAAAAAUUGCCACUCGUAAAAUUUAUUAUCUAUUUAGUAGAAAUAAUAUUUCCUCUUUAAAUAAAUGUUUUUCUGAUGCACAGAAACGAUUAUCUUUGGAGUCCAUAAUUAUAAUUUAAAUUGAUUUAAAAUAAGAUUUAUAUAUUUUUAUAUGCAGUUGUUUCAUUCAUUGUUAUAUAAAAUCAAUUUUGUUGAUACAUUAAUAUGAUACUAAACCAAUUUGAUUUGCCAAGCGUUGCGUUUGGUGCCUUUGGGUCUAAUGUGUGUUCUGUAAGCGUUCUAAGAUACCUAGUGACAGCUUUAGUGAGAGAUAAUUAAGAUUAAUUUUUAAGCUUUCUUUUUAGAAUUAAGUACAUUUUCUAAACGACUGUGCGGUGACGGUGAAGUGGAAUAUGGGUUUUGAUGACAGUAUAAAGUUGAAUAUUAGGCAUCUUUGGUGUAUUUUUAGCAGUUUGGUCCCAUAUUAGGGCUUCACCCUCGCCCCCAUGAGCACCAAUGGCACCAGACUACGUGCCCCUUGUGUUGGACACGACACUCGCUUAGUCUUUGAUUCACACCCGUGACUUACUUUACGACUAUUGUGAGAUAUUAAAAUGAAUUUGAAACUUUCUCCUUGUGUUUGUAUUGUAGUUUUGCUUUCUGGGGUAGUGCAAUGUUUGCCUUUGUUGCGGGGGUGGGGAUUGUGGCUUGCAGUUUUGCAAAAUGACAAAAAAUACCAGAAAAUAAACAUCUGGUCCUUGAAAAGAGCCUCUAUUUUGCAUCAUGACAGUUUCAUGCAAUAUUCAUUUCUUGACAAGUGACAGUACCUAUCUAAUGACAGACGUAAAGGGUUUUCAAAAGGAAUACGUCAGUUUUGACUUUGAUCUUGACGGUUCCAACUGCAAAGCACAGUGUCCACUACCCAAGUAUGUCACAGAUUUAUUUUUGUAAGUACAUAUUUUUUAUUAGCUACUUCCUUCUAGUUUCGACCAAAGACAGUAUGCGGCCCAAAGUUACCUACCAAAAAGACAUAAUUGAUUCCUAUUUUUUACUUAAUUCCGUUUAAAUGAAAGUCGCUUUUUGUAAACAUUUUUUUUUAAUCACCCGCUUGUUUUGAUGUAUUUUUGAUGUUAUUCCUAUUUAUUUUUUACCAAUUUUUUGUAUAACUUUUUUAUCGAUUAGUAGUUUAUAAUCACUAGUAGUGUAGUGUUACAUUUUUUCAGUAUUUUUUUUCGAGUUUUUUUCUAUUAUUAUAGGUAAUUUUACACAGAUUAGUAUAAGCUUUCAGCGAAUAUAAAGUUUUUGCACGUUGGCCGUAAAAUAAGAUAUAUUUAUGUAUAUUUAACUUGAAAUAAAUAGAAAAAAAUGUAAAAAAAUCUGUUUGAAUAUCGCAAAUUAGAUUGAAAUUUCUAAAAAAACGGAGCUUUAUUGGUUUUUUCCUUUUUUUCUAUUAUAAAUAAAAUGUAUUACGAUUUUUUAUAUAUUUGUAUUUAUGUAAAAACUACAUAAUUAUUGUAGAUAAGUAGUUUUGGAUUUACCUGCGUUUUUCCUUAUUUUAAGAGUGAUUUUUUAAUUUUAUUUUGUUGUUUGAUAGUAUUACUUAGUGUUACGUUUAUUGGGGACUGCGUUGAAACGUAUCUGUUUAUUAAUUUGACUUUAGUUAGAGAAUUUAUUCACGAAAAAUGUAAUGUUCCUAACUUUAUUGUAUUGUAUGUAUUUAUAUCAUGUAAUAUUAAAAUAUUUCAUAUGGUUAUAGCGAUAAGAAUAUGUUCAUAAUUGUUUUUCGAAUAUAAUAACGAUUAAAGUAAUUCAUUAAUAAUAUUUAUUCCUAUUCUAUUAUAUAAGUACUUAAUUUCGGUUUUUUAUUAUUAAAUCUGUAAAAUUCGUGUGUAGAUAAGUCAGAAACUGAAGUCAAAUUAACAAAUAAUGUUUGGUGUAUGCAAGAUUACUCGAGUCCCCGGUAAACCAGUAGGUAUUGUUUAAAAACUGAAAUACUUGAAUUUUUAUAUGAAUUUUAUUAAUAUAAUAUGGUAUUUUACUAAAUAUUAGUCCAAUAUUAAAUCUUUAAA